AUCUUUUUUUGCAAUUUUUUCUAUUUUUGCCUGAAGUAAUAAAUCAAGUUUUGUUUUAACUUUUUAAACCUUGAUCCUUGUUUUUGGUGAACUCUUCAUUUCUUCUGUGUUGGUUCUUCCGUCCGAAACGUCACUGUCAUGGCGUUCCCUCGGACGUCCUCCGUCGUGCUGUGGUUCUCUCUCAUCCUCUUUGUUUAUUGGACGACUUCGGCUGCUCAGUCACAUGACCCUUCACCUGCUAACCUCCCAGCCCUUCGCAGGCUCAAAAGAGCGCUGGAUGCAACCACCAAAGAACGGGUCCAGAGUGGGUUCCAGGUGGGCAUGGACUUCCUGACCACGGUGGUACAGGUGACCAACGUACAGCAACCUAAGAGACUGGAGUCUGUGCUCAAGGGCCUGGCUAACUUAGCCAGUUUGGCGCCCGGUAUCGGAAGUCUCGUCUGCUCAAUUGUCAACGUGGUUCUGGCCAUCAUCCCUCAGGAAAACAGCAUUGAGGAGCUGAGGAACGGCUUCAGUGAGGUCAACCGGAGGCUGGACUCUCUGGCCUUCCAGAUAGCCGACCUGACCACAGAUGUGGAGUGGUCCAACUUCGCCAGCGUCUACUCUCAAGAUGAGACUCGUAUCCUGAACGCCUGGAUGAGGUUAGAUGAGCUUCAGCAGAACCUCAGGCUGGUGACGAGUGAAGAGGAGAAGCUGAAGCUGGCCGAGAUCUUUGCCAACUUCUAUGAGAACUCAGGGACUGAGGGCAGCGUGGCCAACAUCUACCAUUACCUGACGGUCAGCGGCACGUCUCUGAGCAGGAACAUCAACAACCUGUUGAAGGACAAGUUCAAGUGUAGCAUCAGUGAGAUAGGCCGCUAUAACCUGUACCUGAGCAGUCUGCUGUGGAAGGGCAUGGUCCUCAACCAGCUCUACUGGAAACUCAUUGGAUUCAGCUCAUCAGGUCAACAGGACAAACAUAACCGCAUGUUCAAGAACGUCUUCAAAGCUCAGAACGAUGCUUUGCAGUUCUGUCUGGACAACUUUGAGCAGUACUUGGUUAAAGACGUGGAGGAGGUCAGCAAAAGAUUCACCAAAGACCAAACACAGGACAUCGCUGACAUGGUCCAGAAGACUCUGGAUGAGAAGCACUUCUGGUACAAGUGGGCAGUGGUGGUGUACGAGAAGAACAAUGAGGAUAACUACAAACUGGUGGACAUGAGGCGUGUACCUGUGGGGGACGUGGUGGUGGCGGUGGGAUACACCCACAAGGAAACCAACACAUACGAAGACGAAGUUAAGUCUGCCGCUCCGAAAUGCUUGGAUAAUGUCCAGUGUUCGGACCUUAAAGAGAAGUCCCAGGACUGUUCCUUUCUGGUGUUCACUGGAACCCUCAUAAGCCAGGAUGAGGGCCACGUUGUCCCUGAAGCGGUAUCGUCAGACUUCACAGAUAAUGCCAGAGUUUUGCAUUAUUUCUAUGGUGAAGCUCCAGUGAUGUCGCCACCACCUGAUUUCAACCAGGUGGAGUGCACCCUCGAUGGUUACCAGUACACGGUGAACGUCUACCUGUCCAGACGGCUGCCGGUUUGUUCCUCCCCUGACACCUGUGUGAACGCAGGCGUGUGCAGGCGGCUGAUGGACUCCAAUGAACACCUGUGCGACUGUCCUGACGGUUACUAUGGAAACAGUUGUGAAAUCAGCACCGACAGCUACCAGAACGUUGACAUCGGUUCCCUGGUUCCGGACGUAACCACCCUCAACACCAAACUGGACCAGAUACAGGACAAGCUGGACCAGGUCCUUGACACCCGUCUGAAGCAGCUGGACCAGGUCCUCGACUUCCGUCUGACGCAGAUCGAGGACAAGCUGGACCGGAUCAGGUGGACACGUCCGGCCCACCAAGGAAAACCAGAACACACAUAAACAACGUCCACCGUCACCGGCGGAGGUUCCAGGUCCUGACCCACUGGGAUGUUUAUGUCACAUGGGAGAGCCUGUGAUUAUAGGAGUUAUUAUGGGAUGGAUGUGUGUUUGAAUAUGUCAAUGAAGAAAUAA